AUAUUUGGAGCCCCGUCAUUUGAUGAUAAAAUCUUAGAAGUUGUCGCCGUAUUUGGCAGCAUGCAGAUGGCAGUUUCCAGAGUCAUCAAACUGCAGCACCACAGGAUAGCACAGUGUCGGUCAGUAAAGAUCACCAUACUUGGCGAUGAAGGGGUUCCAGUGCAAGUCGAUGGAGAGGCAUGGAUCCAGCCCCCCGGUGUUAUUAAAAUUAUACAUAAAAACAGAGCUCAGAUGCUGACACGAGACAGAGCUUUUGAAAACACCCUGAAGUCUUGGGAAGACAAACAGAAGUAUGAUUCCUGCAAACCUGUCAUUCGAUCUCCCUUGUACCCUCAGCAAGCUGUUGAGUUGGCUACAGAAGAGGAAGUUGCACAGAUCCAGCUGUGCUCACAAGCUGCAGAAGAGCUUAUUACCAGAAUCUGUGAAGCGGCAAAAGUACACAGCCUCUUGGAACAGGAGCUUGCUCAUGCUGUCAAUGCAUGUUCACAUGCAUUAAAUAAAGCCAACCCAAGGUUUCCUGAG